UCUUGUAAAAACACUAGACCAGUCGGUGUCAAAUUUUCGGAACGUCUCGCGUAGAUGCGCGAAUAAAGGAAUCGUGAUCGGUUUUUCGAGGUGACGAAAGGGCAAAAACGACGAAUCGGCGCGGCUUUAACGAAACGGGAAGCUUCACCUCCAACGGAAGCAUGAUCGUAGUGAGCAACAGGUUGCCGUUUGUGCUGAAGAGAAACGAGCUGUCUGGUAAACUGGAACGAAAGGCCAGCGCCGGUGGUCUCGUAACUGCGGUUGCACCGGUCGUAAUAAGUGGAAAUGGAGUUUGGGUCGGAUGGCCUGGCAUGCAUAUGGAGAAUCUUAAUGAACCGAUACCAGAAUCGGAUCCAAACGAUCGAACGCCAACAGCCGGUCUUCUAUCUAGUAAGGUCGUAGCCGUACACGUAGAUCCUGGUAUCUUCGAUUCUUACUACAAUGGGUGCUGUAACGGAACGUUUUGGCCGCUAUUUCACUCGAUGCCGGAUAGGGCGACUUUUAUCGCCGAUCAUUGGCGCGCUUAUUCGGCCGUCAACGAAAAAUUUGCAGCCAAGACAGUCGGCGCUUUGGAGGAGAUCCACAAGGAACAAGCGAAUCAGAAUAACGGCACUCCUCUUGUUUGGAUUCACGAUUAUCACUUGAUGACGGCAGCCAAUUGGGUCAGACAGGUCGCCGACGAAAAGAAUCUGAAAUUGAAGUUGGGCUUUUUCCUUCACAUUCCAUUCCCACCUUGGGACAUAUUUCGACUCUUCCCAUGGGCGGACGAGAUACUUCAGGGUAUGCUAGGUUGCGACAUGGUCGGUUUUCAUAUUCAAGAUUACUGCUUGAAUUUCGUCGACUGUUGUCAAAGGAGCCUCGGCUGUAGGGUCGAUCGUAAAAAUUUGUUGGUCGAGCAUGGCGGUAGAACCGUACGCGUACGGCCACUUCCAAUCGGCAUACCCUUCGAUAGAUUCGUCUCUCUCGCUGAAACGGCUAACAAGGUUAUGCUUACCAAUCAAAAGAUUGUCCUGGGAGUCGAUAGACUCGAUUAUACAAAGGGUCUUGUACAUCGUUUGAAGGCCUUCGAAAUGUUGCUGGAAAAGCAUCCGGAACAUCGUGAACAGGUAACCAUGCUACAAAUCGCCGUACCUUCGAGAACGGACGUGCGAGAGUAUCAAGAUUUGAAGCUCGAGAUGGAUCAAUUGAUAGGAUGUAUAAACGGUCGUUUUACCACGCCAAAUUGGUCACCGAUACGUUAUAUCUACGGUUGCGUCAGUCAGAACGAAUUGGCGGCCUUUUACAGGGAUGCCGCCGUCGCUCUGGUCACUCCUCUCAGGGACGGCAUGAAUUUGGUUGCGAAGGAAUUCGUUGCUUGUCAGAUAAACACACCGCCGGGUGUUUUGAUAGUAUCACCUUUUGCCGGUGCCGGCGAAAUGAUGCACGAGGCCUUGAUAUGUAAUCCUUAUGAGAUAGACGAGGCCGCCGAAGUGAUCCAUCGGGCUCUCACUAUGCCGGAGGAUGAACGUACUCUGAGGAUGAAUCAUUUGCGCCGUCGUGAAAGGAUUUACGACGUCAAUUAUUGGAUGAAAUCCUUCCUUCAAGUUAUGGGCUCGCUCGAGGAGCACGAUUCCGUCGGUGCUACGACGAUGCAACCGGUAACAAUGGACGAUUUUGACGAUUACCUGAGCAAGUCCCCUAGGUAUAUCGGCGAUAAUCACAAGUUGGCCCUCUUAUUGGAUUACGACGGAACCUUGGCACCGAUCGCAACUCAUCCGGAUUUGGCGAUCUUGCCGUUGGAAACGAAAAACGUCUUGCAUAGACUCUCCAACAUGUCUGACGUUUAUAUAGCCAUUAUAUCUGGUAGAAAUGUGAAUAACGUUAAAUCAAUGGUCGGUAUAGAGGGUAUUACUUACGCCGGUAAUCACGGCUUAGAGAUUUUACAUCCCGAUGGAAGCAAAUUCGUUCAUCCUAUGCCGAUCGAAUGCGAAGGAAAGGUGGCCAAUUUGAUGCAAGCUCUGCAGGAUCAGCUGUGCAAGGACGGUGCAUGGGUAGAAAACAAAGGAGCCUUGCUAACGUUCCACUAUCGCGAGACACCGAUGGAAAGACGUCCCGAAAUGGUGAAUCAGGCAAAGAAAUUGAUCGAGAAGUCCGGUUUUAAGGCAUGCUCGGCGCAUUGUGCCAUAGAGGCGAAGCCCCCCGUCGAAUGGAACAAAGGGCGAGCCUCGAUCUAUAUUCUCCGUACGGCUUUUGGUUUGGAUUGGAGCGAACGAAUAAGGAUCAUUUACGCCGGUGACGAUGCCACCGACGAGGAUGCUAUGAAAGCUCUAAAGGGUAUGGCUGCUACCUUCCGCGUAGCUUCGUCUCACAUUAUACGUACGUCGGCUGAAAGACGUUUGCCAAGUACGGAUUCCGUUCUAACCAUGCUAAAAUGGGUCGAGAGACAUCUUAGCAAGCGUAAGCCGCGUAAUAGCACCGAAAUACAAUCGAAAUUCCGACGCAGUAGUGCAGGUAUCACCAUGGAGAUGUCUUAUACACCGACGAGCACACCGACUAACGCAACGUUAGAAUCGUAAACGGUACUUUUGUAGUAUGUACGUAUUUUAUUCAAAAUACGUUAGCGUGCCGAUCUGAUAUCUAUGAUUAAUCGGAUCAAACGCCAGGUUUAUAAUAAUCUACUUUUAGUAAGAAUACGACGAUAGACGAUGAGAGAGAAAGAAGGAAGUAUAGGAAGAAUGAGAAAUAUAGGGGAACAAGAGUAACAAUGAUCGUAACACUGUAUCGUGUACUGUAAAAGAAACAAAACGUAUGCGAUAUCGAAUCUAUGGAUAUCGAUAUCCUGAGGAGACUGUCAUUUUUAUAAAAAAAAACUUCGAUCGUUUAACAAAUUUUAAUUCCUUCGUUAAUCAUAUUCACCGGUACGGUCGCGAGUACGACGAUACUUCCACGACGUCUGAUGGACGUAUAAAUAUACAUAAUACGUACAAGAUAAUAGAUAAUUAGUUAGAAAAUGGAACUGAAUUUUUCAACUUUAAGCUACAUAGUAUCUCUUUUCUUUUUUUCGAAAUUGAGAUCGAUGUUUUCUUAGGAAUUAGUAGGCAACUUUUAGUCUGAUUUACGUCUCUAUGAGAGAUCAUGAUAAUAAAAAGUAAACAUGUCCAAAGAACUCGCUGCCGUUGUAUUCAGGCGAUGGAAGAGGCUCCAUAGAUUUACGAGAAGUAGGACUUAGUCGUUCGAUCUUGGAUGUUAUACGUUGUCCAAGGAAGAGGAAGAAGGAGAGAAUAAGAAAAAAAAAAAUGAGAGCAGUUUAGAAUAGAUCGUGCGUAUGUUCCUUUUUUUUUUUUUUUUUUUUUUUUUUUUUUCAUUGGAUUUUGACAUUUUUCAAGAGAAAACGAAAAAAAAAAUUCGGAACGCGCUAUAAAAUAACAAUAAUAAUAUUUCUUUUGAAAGAAUUUUCCCGUAAUGAUCGAGAUCGAUCUUCCUCUUUAUAUCUCUUUUCUCUUCGUAAUUAUUUUUUAUCUUUAAUCUUUAAAAUGAUCAGAUAUCAAUCAGUCGUGUGAGACGGUGGUAAAGAAGAAUAAUUUUUAAGAAAGAUCAAUUGUAAAGAAUUUUUGUCAUCUUAAUAACAUCUUCUGUCAAAUAUCAUUGGUAUACUUGGUAUCGUAAAGAAAGUCGCUUAUUCAUUUGCAGCUUCUUCGAUAACGUUUCUUUUCAUAUUGGGUGCUCUUUUAUAAAGCUAAACAUUUAAUUGAUUGAUUGAUUAAUUUAUUUGAACAAGAUGAAAAGUUUCUUCGAAAGUUACAGUGCCAAUCUAAAAUCUCAUAUCAAUAGCGUAUUAAUAAAUGUCAAUUUAGGGGUAAGGAGUUAACGAGCGUGUACCAAUAUCUUUUACAUGCGUAUCUCUUAAGCAAUACAUGCAUAAUGAAUGUGCGUUAGCGAUACUAUAUUUUAUUGACGAAACAAUGAUAUAUAGACUCGUAUAAGUAAAUUGUAAGAUUCUUAUAGAUUUUUCACUUUUUCUAAAAAUAGUAUAAGUCGUACGAGACGUUCUUUUUUUUUCUAUAAGUUUUUCAAGACUCUCGAAACGCUAUUGAUCAUUUCUUCGUGUGAAAUAUCUUUACAAAAGUUUGCAAGACAAAACGCGACGAUUUGAAAUGUCCUCCAUUUUGCGAGACACGAAAGAGUAACUUUAUCGAUUCUUCAUUCCCACCGAUCGAUCUUUUUUAAAUAUGUACUAUAUGUGUAAAUACAUGCAUACGCACGUACAUGUAAACAAAUGUAAUACGCGCACACAUACACACACACACACACGCGUUCACACAUACAUGUACGUUCUAUCGUUAAAUCGUUAAUCGUACUAGAUGGCGAAAUAUUACCACGUUACGUGGAUCGACCAAGAAAAUUAAUUUUCCGCACAUUCGUUGAUUUCCUCUCUCUCUCUCUCCCCGUCCCCGUUCGUUUCCUUUUUCUUACCCUUUUCUUGUCCUUCAAAUGAACGAGAAUUAUACCUUGUUCAAAGUCUAUUGAAAACGAACGAGAAUGGCUCGUUACGAUAUUCUCACCUACGUACACUUUUGAAACGAAUGUAUAUAUAUAUAAAGAGUGCAGAAUUUUGAAUCUUAGUUUUGUAUAUAAAUAAAUAGUUUCUAGAUCGUCAUGGGUGUGCAUAUACAUAUAUACAUAUGCGUACGUAUAGGAGACGAUAAGCACGCACAGAAAUAAAAAGAUACGUGGUAACCGAACGCACGAGCACCACGCAUAUGUUGUGUAUGUAUUUAUUAUGUAUAUAUAAAAAGGGACGCGUUAUGUAUGUGUAAUAUGUAUAUAUCUGCGCACGUUAGCAUGUAUAUAUACUUAUACACGGAGGAAAAAAGCGCGUGCUGCAUUUUUGCAUAAAUCUAUUUGUAGUUCGUUCCGAUGGUUGUAUAAGCGAAGGCAUUCAAAACGGAGAAAUAAAUGUCCUCGAUAAAGAUGCUUGUCAAUCACGUAUUCAAAUUGUACGUUUUUUUUUUGUUUGUACGUAGUAAUGCACAUUAGUUGACAUUAGAAGAGUCCUUUUAUAGAACGAUUGCGAGUCCUUAAUGAUAAUUAUUUGAAAAGGAGUGAUUAUAUCGUCUUAUCAUUCGUUUUCUUUUUCGUUCACAAUUAUAACGAUAACACUCGGGGGAAUGAGAUCACUAGACGAUUAUUUUAUUUUUCUCUGGGUAACCUUUGCUUCUGCCGUCAUGACCGAUUAAAAUUGUUUUGACGAUGAUGAAGCCGGUGAAAUGGGUCGAUGAUUACUGCAACGACCCAUCGCGAGUAUCGUCAUUGCGAUAUCAAGAAUUUCUCCAUUUAUUUUUACGUAAAACGUUUACGAGACGUUCUCAUUAAUUCUUUUUUCCGUAAAUACUUUUUUUCCUUACAUGCCUUUUAUAUGGACAACUGUACACGUCCAAACGAUAAUAUUUACAUGCAAUAAUCAUAAUAGUACUAGCGAGCAAUAUCAACGAGAUAUUACGAAUUUCCGUGCGAUGGUGGAUUUAUGGACAAGAAAUAUUAAGACGAAAUAAUGUGUUUUACUUGAAAAAUAUUAUUUCGCUUAGAUCGGACACAUAAGAAAUAACUUUAAUGGAUUUCGUUAAAAAUACGAAAAUACCCGAACAAGUUUGGACGAUAACUCGACGAUUAUAUAAUAAAUAAUCGGUGUUAGUAUUGCUCCUUUCAAAAUAUUAUAUAGAUAUAAACUAUAUGAAUAUUACUUAUAUAGUUAACGUAUUGAAAAUAAUCCGUAGAAUUUCCAGAAUGGUACGAUGUUAUAAAAGUCAAUGCAAAAAAUGCCUAAUUGUUAAAGAAAAUUAUUUUUCGAGUUUAUCUUUCUUCGAGUUGUAUGCCAUAUUGUCGGCGACAAAGUGACGCUUCUCGGAAUGGUUUGUGACAUUGAUCGAAAGCUAGAUGGCGAUCAGUGAUGUAAAUAAAUGGGAGGAACGUGAAAGCCGUGAUUUUGACGGCUGCCAAGUUAAUCUUUCUUUUGUAAUCUCAUGGGCAAACGUAAUAGCUCUUUCCUACAUCGAAGAUUAAACUAAAUGUGUUUGAUUUAUUGAAAUAAAUAUGUUUGGAACGAUA